AUGCCGCCUGGAAAAAAGGGUCGCAAGCCCACUGUUAACCUGUUGUCCCCACGACAAGUUACUUAUCUGACGAAUGUCUUCGCCAUUUGCCGCCGAGAUAUAGCCUGUCCCAACUGCCACCAAACUGCCACCUUUCAUAAAGCAGGCUCAGUUACGGGUCACCCAACUCAGCCCAAUUACAUCUGUAAGACUUGUGGUAAGAACGUUAACGCCGCUGACGUCGACGAUGAUCCUCCCAGCUCACAGACUGUCAGUAAUGUCAACAACCAAACCCAGCUGCCUAUGGAAAUUUCCAGCAAUGAUGGAUCCCCAGAUACACCUGCUCAGCCAACCCCUGCUAUCACCAACGAUGACAUAGUUGCCUUAAGAGACCUCAUCCACCAAUUACAGGAUGAAAUCCGUCAACUCCGAGCUGAAAAUGCAGCCCUUCGUGCUGCACAACACUCGAACUUAACUACCAUGCAGAACCCCACACCUGUUUAUAACAGCCAAUUCCCAGCCUUGACCGAUAGUCAAAAAACCAAUCCUACCAAUGAUUCACCUGUCCACCCCUGGCGUGAUGAAGCGCGCCUUGCGAUCAUUAAACAAGCUCAACAACAACGCCGAGAACACCGCCAACAAGAACGUCAAACAGCAGCAGCUCGUCUUUUCCAACCUCCAUCGCUAACACAAGGUUUCAAAUACCUUUAUGUCCCCACCAAAGCUAGAGUGCCCAUAGGACAACUUCGUGCACGCCUCCGUAAACUUAACAUCAAUAACAGCCGAAUCCUUGACAUUCACUACCCAACGCGUAACGUUGUCGCCUUCUUGGUCCACAACGACUACGCUCAGGAACUUACCGACCAGCUACAACAAUUUAAGAUCUCUAUUAAACACGAUUUUGAUCCUAAUGAUGGCAGCAUCCUUAUGGAUCCAAAAUAUGAGCAAAAGACUCCCGCUGAACGUAACGAUUUAGCCCGAGAACACCACACCGCUCGACUUGUCCGUGCCCUGAACUUCAUUCGUACACCAGUCAAAUAUGCUGUCGCCACUUACUUUCUCAAGCAAGAUUGGAUCGACAAAGACACUUAUGCAUCCGUAAUGGCAAACACCUCAUCAUCAUCAUUAGGACAUACACAAUUAAAGCAACAUUCACCAGCCGAUAUCUUUGAUAUUGAGAAUGAC